AUUUCCCCUGGAAACAAAUAGAGCUCAGUGCUUAUCAGAGAGCUGCCCUCCUGUGCAAAGCCUGACCAUCCAUGUUCUACUUCUCUGGUACACUUUGUGUCCAGGUAGCACAGAUGCAACGAUGCUCCCAGCACGUGUGUGAUGGGUGCUCCCUGUCCAAUUUUCCUCAGCACAUAGACUCAAGACAAUGUCCUGUUUCCUAAAGGUCUUGUGACCAUGUCCUCUCUUUCUUGUGAAUGUAUGAUUUAUGUUCUGUCAGAAGGACAGGAAGCCGCUCAAAGGAUCCACCCAGUCCUGCUGCUGACACUGUGAUGGUUUGUUUUCCUCAUUGUUUAGCGGUCCAUUAGCUUCCGCAGCGAGAGCCGCCCUGACAUCCUGGCCCCCCGACCCUGGUCCAGAAAUGCCACCUCUUCAAGCACAAAGCGGAGAGACAGUAAGCUGUGGAGUGAGACCUUCGAUGUGUGUGUCAAUCAGAUGCUUACGUCCAAGGAGAUCAAGCGUCAGGAGGCAAUUUUUGAGCUUUCUCAAGGAGAAGAAGACUUGAUAGAAGACUUGAAAUUAGCAAAAAAGGCCUAUCAUGACCCCAUGCUGAAGCUCUCCAUCAUGACAGAACAAGAGCUGAAUCAAAUUUUUGGAACACUGGACUCUCUAAUUCCUCUACAUGAAGAGCUCCUUAGUCAGCUUCGAGAUGUUCGGAAGCCCGAUGGCUCAACUGAACACGUCGGCCCUAUCCUUGUGGGCUGGGUAAGAAAAGUUCUCUGAUCUUUGUUGAAGAUGGAGGUUUUCUAAUUGAACUCUGGGUCUCAUGCUUGAAAAUAGAGUUUAAUAAUUUACAUGGAGUUUCAUUUUAGCUCAACCUUUUUUAUUUU